UAUUGCAUGCGGACUGUGACAUCGAGGACAUACCACGCUGAACUGCAGAAUGAAGACUGCCACUGCCCUCUUGUUGAUCUGCCUGCUGGGGACCUCAGCCCGAGGCGAUGACUCUGCCGAGGAUUCCGGCGAGGUCAUCACGGUGCUGGCGUCGGAGCCGGAACCCGUGGUCACUGUUUACUCUGAAGCCGAGCAACCAUCUAAACCACAGCCAGUGGAGAUGGUAGUACCAGGCUUCACUCAGCCGCAGUAUUUCUCGACGAGCACUUACCACGCCCUCAGGCAGUACUUCCCGGCACUGUUUGCAGCGCUCGGACAACGCAGCGCUCCCUUCACAAGUCGGCUCGCUUUCGAGACUCCAACUGGGACCUUUGGAGCCAAUGCUGGGAAUUAUUUCCGACAGGUCUUGCCUGUUGGAUCAGUGAGCAAUAAUUUGGGGGCGGCGGCAGCACAGGGCGGCGGAGUUGUCGGUUACAAGCAACCGGUUUCGGCCAGCCAGCAGCAAUAUUACGUGGGCAUCGACCAGAAUCAAGCUGGAUUCCAGUCCAGGCCUGGACAACAGGCGUCUGUUGGAGUCCCCCUACCUAUUUCUUCUGUUUACCCUUUCACUUCGGUCUCUGCUAUCUCACCUCAGUACGUCACAAGGCCCACCUCAACACAACAGGGAUUUAGUGUUCCAGUCAGAGGGACUCUAGCAUCGUUAGAUUUUGGCCAGGUUUUUCCAGCUUACGAUAGUAACAGCAUAGCUUCUGGGGUACAAAGUUCUUUGUCGCACCGACUAACUCAAGCUUUAGGUCAAAGAUUUGGAGCGUCUCAACCACUGAUUGGGCAACCAGGAUCCUUGGCUCAAAAACCCUCAUUUUCCCAAAGCUUUGCCGGUCAACCUAGUGCUGUCGGGCAAUCAGUUUUUGGACAGAAUUUUGCUGUUAAGCAAUCAGAUUAUGGCCAGUCUCCACUAUUCGGGUCAUCUGGAUUCGGACAGGCCACAGCAGCAGGACAAUCGUCAUUUGUGCAACCUUCUGUAACAGGGCAACAAGGUGCCACGUUCGGACAGCCUGCCGUCAUUGGGCAACAGGUUGCAUUUGGGCUAUCUCAAUUAGGUCAGACAUUUGCGAACAGAAAACCAACUCCAUUCGGGCAACAGGCGAGUUUCACUGCACAAACACAAGGUUUCGGGACACAGCCUAUGUUCGCCGAGCAGCCUACACUCGUCCAGUCACCCGGAUUCGGACAACAAUCUACAUUCGCUCAACACUCGGUGGCAGGACAACAAUCCGGAUUCGGACAACAUUCAACAUUUGCUCAGCCAUCGGUAGCUGGACAGCAAUCUGGAUUUGGGCAACAAUCUACAUUUGCACAGCCGUCGGUAGCUGGACAGCAACCUGGAUUCGGGCUACAAUCUACAUUUGCACAGCCGUCGGUAGCUGGACAACAACCUGGAUUCGGACAACAAUCUACAUUUGCACAGCCGUCGGUAUCUGGACAGCAACCUGGAUUCGGGCAACAAUCAACAUUUGCACAGCCGUCGGUAGCUGGACAGCAACCUGGAUUCGGGCAACAAUCUACAUUUGCACAGCCGUCGCUGACAGGACAGACAUCUACUUUUGGACAACAAACGCUGGCGGGACAACAGCCUGGAAGUGGAGUGUCAACCUCACAGGGCUCCUCGUCUCCAGUGCAACCCACAUUCUUUGGUCAGUCGGCUACCCUUUCCUCUGGUUCUCAGUUUCAAACCACAGGUCAGACUUCAGGGUUUGCGGCUCAACCGGGAUCGCAGUCCCCUCAACCCGUUCAAUCUAACCAACCCACAUUUGGGGUCCAGAGGGCAGAAGGAGUUGGAUUCAAUGAAGAACCUCCGCAGUUCAUCGGUGUUGAUGAAUCUUCCGGGGCUGUUCCACAAGAUUUAGCCACAUUCAAGACCAAUGUGGCUGAAGUCCUGCAAGGUUACGACUACUCUGCGCCCUCCGAUCGAGCAACUUUUAGCGCAGGGGCAAACUUCGGUGAUGCCCCUGAUGUAAGCGUCUUUGAUCAUUGAUACAUUCAUUGUAAAAGUAUUUACCCGCGAAGAUUAUGACAGUUGUUGAAUUGAUAUUUGCGUAUAGUAAUAACUUGAUUCAUAAAUCAAAUAUAGAUUGCCAAUAAGGAUCUUAAGCAUCUAAAGUGACGCUCAUCGUGAGGCUGCCAUAGGAGCUACAGAUUUUUAAAAUUGCACGUAAAUAGAUUUUUGUUUACAUUUUAAAACCAGUAAUGAUGUGCUAAUCCUUUUAAAUCUUCUGGAGAUUUAGAUGAAUUUUUCAAAAAUAUCUUUUGUGAUUUUGUUGACGAUUGUGGAUUUAAAAUGUAAAGUUUCAAAUAUCUACUUCUGCUAUUAAUUCAGUACCGUUUCAUCUGCACACUCAUCAUUUUUAGUGGUUAGACGUAAUAUAACGCAAGUAAACAAUACAUAACCUAGAUGUGCGUAAGGUGUUAACUCUGUUUAUUGUUGAACUAUCAUAACAUUUUGUUAUAACCUGCCAGUAUAUUAUCCAUGACAAAUCAACCCAGAGCUACAGAAGUAGCUUCUCGCAACGUACAGAACAUUUGCUACGAACAACGAAUUACGCAUUCUCUAGUAAAAAUGUGAUACAUUUCUCUCUAUAAUAUGAUGGGUUGUGUUAUAAAGGUUGAACGUGCUUGCUUGGGCAGCUCGCAGCCAUUGUUCCAGGCAUGAGAUCUUCCAAAGUUUUACUAAUUUAGAGAUAAGAAGUUUUUAAAGAAGAGAAUCUUGAAAUGUUUUUUUUUGAGCCAAAAUCCAUUUCUGUUAUCACUAAGAGGCAUUUAUUCUACAGUAUAGUGCGUGCCAGUAGCGAGUACUAAAAAAAUGAGGGUCUUUUUAGCGCGUUUUCUCAUUUAUGGAAAAAAGGCGCUAUGUGCUCGUCAUGUCCGUCCGUGACUAUCCGUCCGCGACGGACAGUCACGGAUGGACGAAAAAAUGCGCUCUGAGUACUGAGUUAUAUAUUUUUUCCAAAUGGUGAUUCACUUCUUGAGCUUAUGUGGGUCGUCCUAACCCAGUUUAGCCCAGCAAAAUGGUGUAUUAGUGCUACGUCCGCUCUCUGCUUGAGCUUUGGGUAAGAAAGUAAGUCACUAUUUGGACAAAGUGACCCAUGCAUUCUUCAAAGUGAGGCUAUCAUGGCAGCACGGAACAAAAUCUUAAAAUGCUUUAUUUUUGUUAAGAUUUUUUCCCCAAAUAAAAUAGCGUUGUUUUU